AUGUCUGAAUUAGCAAUAAAAUUUGCAGCCAGUACAUUACUAAUGUGGAUUUUUAUAACUAUUACUGGUUUACUCAAAAUAUUAAUUAUUUUCACUUAUUUGAUUAUAUUAUGCAAAGGCAAAAAAGCGAAAAUGAAGAACCAAGUAUGUACACCAAGUACGAAAGAAAAAGAAGAAAUUCAUUCCAAAAAGGAAAAGGAAGAAAAAAGUGGUUCGAAGAAAUCAAAGAAAUUAGAAAGUGGUAAAGAGCGCAAAAGCGGUGGAAAAUUUAGCCCAUCAAAUGAAGGUGAAAAAAAUGAACCAAAUUUAGGAAGUGAUGAUACAAGAGAUAAAGAUAAAUUGAGAAAAGAUAAUGAGAAAGAGGGAAAGAAGAGAAGGAAAAAGGAGAAAAAAGACGAAAAAGAGGAGGAAAAAAGUGGAAGAAAGAAAGAGAAAGAAAUGAAUGAAGCAUCAGAGAAGGAAGAUGAAGGCAAAAAGAAGAGAGAAAAGGAUGAGAUGAAAGAUAAAUCAUAUGGAAGUAAGAAGAAUAAAAAAGAGCAAAGAGAAAGCGAUAAGAAAUCUGAUGAAAAGGAGGGUAGAGAGAGUGAGGGCCAUAAAGAUAGUGCUGUUGGGAAAGAAAGUGAAAAGAGGGAAAGUUCAAAGAGGAAAGAAGAGGAGAAGGAGUCGGGACAAAAGAAAGAGGAAAGAGAAAAGGAGGACAAAGACGAUGAAAUUAAGAAAGAUAAGGAGAAAGAGGGAGAGGAAAAAGAAGAUAAAGGAGAGGAUGAGAAGGGAGAAAGCGAAAAAAAAGAAGAAGGAGAAAAGAAGGAGGAGGAAGAGAAGAAAGAAGAGCAGAAAAAAGAGGAGGAAGGAAAGAAGGAAGAGGCGAAAAAGGAGGAGGAGAAGGAGGAGGAAAAGAAGGAAGAGCAGAAGAAAGAGGAGGAAGAACAGAAGGAGGAAGUAACCUAUGACCCGAAAGAACUGAAAUUCACAUUAGCUGGUGGUUCAGUAAAGUUUACCACCAAGAAUGGUACUGGUAAACGACAGGCACUUAAGAUUAAAUGUUCGGAUAACUUCCUAUAUCGAGUGAAUCCAGUGUUUUCGUUUGUUGAGCCAGGCGCAGAACAAACUAUCGAAGUGAUAAGACAAUCUGGUAAUCCAAAAAUUGAUAAACUUGUGCUCAUACAUACACCGGCUGAAGUAGGCGAAAUAGAUGCUCCAGCAUUAUUCAAGAAACCAAUUACUUAUACAAAUUUUAUAAUUCCAUUGCUGGUAACAUGA